AUAUUGAACAAAAAAUUAAUCUCUCGAUCCACUCAAAAAUCAUGAAUAGCCUGUUAAAUAAACUUUGAUGAACUUUAUUUCCAAAAUAACAGAAAGAAAGUUCGUUUUUGAAAAAAUAUAAAUAAAAUUUGUAUGUUAUCCCUUUUUAUGUAAUAAAAAAACAAUACAACUUAAGACAUUAUGAAUCGCUCAAUUUGAAUUCCUAGAUCUGUCUGAUUAAUUAAGUUACUAUAUACAUAAUGUCUGUGUUCUUUAUAUUGAAAUGAAAUCCUAUUAUAUUGAAGUGUAUAGUGUACAUUCACGAUUAAGAAAGGGAAAAAUGAGUAAAGGAGUAAGGAAUAUAGCAAUUAUCAUCUUCAUGGUGUUAUUCUUUGCAUACUUAUUCUCCAGAUCACUAUCACCUUACUACUGGAUGAUUAAGGAGAGAAGCUAUGCUGGAAACCAGCUAGAAGUGCAUGUUUGCAAUAAUAAUGGCAGUGGUGAUGGAAUUAAGAAGAUCACAGAGAGCAAUAAGAAUUGCAAUUGGUUCAAAGGGACAUGGGUUUUUGAUGAUUCUUAUCCUUUGUAUGACUCUAUGUCCUGUCCCUUCAUAAGAGACACAUUUCAUUGUGUCAAGUUUGGCCGCCCUAAUCAACAAUAUCUCAAAUAUCGAUGGCAACCGUAUGACUGUGAUUUACCCAAGUUUGAUGGCGAGGAUUUUUUGAGACGAAUGAAGGGGAAGAAGAUCAUGUAUGUAGGAGAUUCUUUAAGCUUAAAUAACUUUGAAUCACUUAUUUGCUUGAUACAUGGUGCAAUUCCAGGAAUCAAAUACAAACAAAAAGCUACUCCUCUCAAUUUUACAGUCACAUUUCAGGAGUAUGAGGUCCAAGUAAUAUUAUUUCACUCUAACUUCUUAGUAGACAUUGAAGAAGAACAAAUAGGGCGAGUGGUAAAGAUGAAAUCUCUGAAGAGUGGAGAAAUAUGGAAGCAAAUGGACGUUUUAAUAUUCAAUAGUUGGCUGUGGUGGACUAGGACUGGACGACAACAACCAUGGGACUAUAUUGAGAAACUCGAUGGUGAAAUAGUGAAAGACAUGAACCGCAUAAGUGCUUUUGAAAUGGUUAUGCGAUCAUGGGCGCAAUGGGUUGACAAGGAAAUUGAUCCAAACAAAACAAAAGUUUUUUACCAAGGGGAGUCGGCCUCCCCUUACCAUUAUAGGGGAAACUAUUGGGGGAAGUCAGCAGACACAAAUUGCAAGAGUGAGUUCAUACCUUUGAAUGAAACCAUGAUUUUCACCACACCAUCACAAUGUACCAACAUUACAAAGAACAUCUUGAGCCAAAUGUCAAAGCCUGUAUAUUUACUGGAUAUAGAAAUCCUGUCGAGAUUCAGGGUUGAUGGACACGUGUCAGGCUACAACGGAUACAACGGCACAGAUUGCGCGCAUUGGUGCCUUGCGGGGGUCCCAGACACUUGGAACUCCAUUCUCUAUGCUGCUCUUCUUCAAGAUAAUAAUAAUUAAGUUAAUUUCUUUUGUGUUACAUUUUCCACGACAUUUCUUAAUUAUUAACAUUAUGCUUGAAAA